AUGGCCGGCAGACCUGCGAUGACCUUAGCCUCGCAAGUCUGCUGGAAUUGCAAGAACGGGAAGAGGAAGUGCAGCAAAGAAUUGCCCUCUUGUGCACGCUGCGCCAAACUUCUGCUGAGAUGCGACUACGACUGGACUGCAGGCAAUGCCCCAGAGUCGUCAGGGGCUCAAAGCAAGGCCUCACCAGCGUCCUCGAUCGAGGUCCACACUCCUCCAUCACUGCAGUCUGCUUCCAGACUCCUGCAUUCAUUGUCACAUGGCUCUCCCAAGUCUUCCGGCGGAGAAGCAAACAUCCCUUCCCAGGUGCUUUCCAUUCUCAUUGCCAAUGGAGAAAAUGUGCAGUCGGUCACGGCUCUUUACUUCCGAACGAUUGAUGUCUGGCUCCCGAUCAUAUCGCCCCGGAGAUGCGUCGAGAAACUGGAAAACAUCGCCUCCGACAACAACCCCGAGCUUUCCAAUCUCUUGCUCUGCAUGUAUUUAGUUACCCGCCAGCCCGGAAAGCCAAGUGGAAUCAAAGAGAUGCAAACACCUAUCUACUUCGAAGCCAAGACUCUUCUCACCACCCUCACAUCCUCCGGGAAUUUGUCCAUUGAAGUUAUUCAAGCUGGAGUCCUUCUCUCGCUCUACGAGCAAGGGCAUGGCAUGAUCGAUGUGGCUCAGUUGACCAUGUCUGUGUGUACCAGGAUGGCCAUGAAGAUGAAAGUCGCCCUACGAGCUGCACCUGAACUUCAGAACACCGAUUUUGGACGAUUAUGGUGGGGUCUUGUUAUUCUGGAUAGACACUUGAAUCAAAUUCUAUCGCCCGAAGAAAUACAGCUUACAGUUGGGAGCUCGAGUGACGGAGUCCCGUCGAUGGAGUUGCCCGUUGAUGACGAAGCUCACGCUGGACUAAUCAGACCCAUUACCAUGAGAACGAUCUCCGGGAUAUCCGCCGCCUCUCGACCAACAACCAGACUAGGCCCCUUCUGCCGUGCUUCUGAGGCGGCUCAUCUUCUAGGGAAAGUCUUGGAUCUAGUGGCACGGUCGUCAUACACUAAUGAGAUGGACGAAGCAAAGUCUAGAGAACUGGAUGCAUCCCUUCAAACACUUGCAAUGAGCCUGAUGCAAUUGGCCGUCAACGGCUGGGAAGAAUGCUGCGCGGCAAUCGGACUCGCACUCAGAACAUGGGAACUGAUUAGGGGGUCGCCCGGACACGAUGAUAGAAGAGAGAUUGCAUGCAUGGCAUUGAGCUCGACGACGAGGAUGGUCAUCGACAUCAGUCGGAGAUUUCACAUGGAUCUAGCCUUCAUUGACCUUCCUGCACUGCCUCUUCCAGCAACGUAUGCGGUAUACCGGGCCGCAAUGUUAUAUAUUGACUUCGCGGGGGAUGAAUUCCUGGGUCCCGAAUGGAGUGAAAAUAUGAAGAGCUUGAGAGGCACGCUUGAGUAUUUCGGGAAGAGGUGGAAUGUUGGCAGUAAGUCACCAAGGCGGGCUCCAUAA